GUAACUUGAGUGUUUAGUUAGCGCUGCGACGUUUAAUGCGCCGCUUGUACGAAGGAGUUUUCCAUUGCAACGAACUGGCCACUUUUAUAAAAGAAAAAAGUAUCGCUCUAUCCCGCGGCGGGAACCGUUUGACAGCUGUCAAAAUUUUUCGUGAAUUUCGCGUUUAUAUUGUUGUGCUCGAAAAAAAAAAUUGUGCUGUGUUUCGUAAUUGGUGUAUGUAAAUCGUAUAUUCUGAACUUGCUGUCAGCGUUAAGAGCUGCGCGUACGCACCCGGUUCGCGUUCGGACGUCAGUCGCUGUUAGACCGUUGAUCGCGACGGACGUGAUGCGCGCACCGCUCGCGUGCUAAAUGCAACGGAUUCAGUGAUUGUGUGUGUAUUGUGUUUGUGUGUGUGUGACUAUACAAAAUGCAGGGCCGCGAUAAACUAUGCGCCAAGUUGACGAGUGCAUUCUUGAGGAAGUGGUGGUUCGUGCUCGCUUCGGCUGUGGUGCUGCUCCUUCUCGGAAUUAUAUGCGCCAUUUUCUUCAGCACCUGGGUCCGACUGUUCAUUGACCAUGAGCUGGUGCUUCGCCCCGGUUCGAUGACGUUCGAGUGGUGGGCGAGGCCGCCGGUGCGGCCGCUGGUGCACGUGUACGUCUACAACGUGACCAACGCCGACGAGUUCCUCAACAACGGCUCCAAGCCGAUCCUGGACGAGCUGGGGCCGUAUGUGUACUCUGAGGAGUGGGAGAAGAUGAACAUCACAGACAACGAGAACGGGACGCUGUCGUUCUUCUAUCACCGCACGUACACGUUCGUGCCGCACCUCAGCUCCGGCCCCGAUGACGACUCCGUGGUGGUGCCCAAUAUACCCAUGUUGAGUGCCACAUCCCAGUCGAAGCACGCCGCGAGGUUCCUCCGACUCGCAAUGGCGUCCAUCAUGGACAUACUCAAGAUCAAACCGUUCGUGGAGGUGUCCGUCGGCCAGCUGCUCUGGGGUUACGAAGACCCGCUGCUGAAGUUGGCGAAGGACGUGGUCCCCAAGGAACAGAAGCUGCCGUACGAGGAGUUUGGCCUGUUCUAUGGGAAAAACGGCACCGCCACCGACCCGGUGACGAUGUUCACCGGCGCCACCGACAUCACCAAGUACGGCAUCAUCGAGCGGUACAACCACCGCGACAAGCUGCCGCACUGGCUCACCGACGAGUGCAACAGCAUCGCCGGCUCCGACGGCUCCAUAUUCCCUCCACACAUCACCAGGAACGACACGCUGCACGUCUACGACAAGGACCUGUGCAGGCUGCUGCCGCUCAAGUAUCUGAAAGACGUGGAAUCGUCAGCCGGCGUGCAGGGCUACCGGUUCACGCCGCCGGUGGACGUGUUCGCGGACGACGAGCACAACCGCUGCUUCUGCCCCGCCGGCCCGCCCUGCGCGCCCAGCGGCCUCUUCAACGUGUCCCUCUGCCAGUACGACUCCCCCAUAAUGCUAUCGUUCCCGCACUUCUACCUGGCGGACGAGAGCUUCCGCGAGGCGGUGGAGGGCAUCUCGCCGCCCGACCCGGAGCGUCACAGGCUAUACAUUGAUGUGCAGCCGGAGAUGGGCACGGCGAUGCAGGCGCGCGCGCGGAUACAGAUCAACUUGGCCGUGUCGCAGGUGGUCGACAUCAAGCAAGUUGCCAACUUCCCAGAUAUUGUCUUUCCGAUAUUGUGGUUCGAAGAGGGCAUCGACGAGCUGCCCGAGUCGGUGUCGUCCAUGCUGCGGCUGGCGACCCGCGCGCCGCCCGUCGCGCGCGCCGCGCUCUCCUGGGGGCUCUGCGCGCUCGGCGCGCUGCUGCUGCUGCUCGCCGUCACCUGCCUCGUGCGCUCGUCCCACCGGCAGAGCACGCUCCGGCUCGAAGGGCACGCGGUGGCGAAGCCUCCGCCGAGCAAGAACGGCAAGGAGAACGGAUACGAGCUCAACAGCCGUAGGUAAUAGAGAAGAGAAGAGAUGAGAAGAGUCGAGAAGAGAAGAUAAGAGUGGGAUUUAUUGGCACACUCGAGAAAGACCGCGUAAAUUACAACUGUUAUAGCGAGCGAAACUAAACAAGUGGUAAUUUAUUACUACAAAAGUAAAGUAAUAUUGAAGUACUUCUACAGUAGUAAAUUAUACGACUACAAUAUUAACUUAAUGACAUUUUCCGUUAUAUUGAAUAAAUGCAUUUUUUUUACUUAAAUAAUAAAAUUUUUACAUAAUUGCCAAAGUGCAAAUAUCCAUAAGAAAGCAAACUGUUUUAACCCGACUGUGUCACUGACCUACUGAAGAUUUCACAUGUCUUCCCGUUUUUAGUGGAUUCUUUUUUAUUUUUUUUUUAUACGCGGUCUUUAAUGUGUGUGGAUUUGAAGGAACAUUGAUCACGUUAAAGUAACUUUUGACAGUUGACAUUACGAUACAACAUUGUUUACUCUGUGACAUUUUGACAGAUUAAAAAAUUGUGCUUAACUUAAAGUGAUGAUGGAUGCAAUCAAAGUUUUUUGUUGAAUUAUAUAUGGUAUACAUAUUAUUAUUUUUUUUAUAAGAAACGUGUAAGUUUUUGCUUUAAAUCGUUUUAACGGGCUGGUUAUUUUUAAUGCAAACCUGGUUUAACUAAAAGAGUUGUAUACCUUAAAUUUAAUCUGUCUCUUUCAUUACUGUUUAAAUUAAAUGAGAUAGCAUUAUCGAAAAUAGAUUUAUUAAAACAUUGGCUUCUUUCAUACAAAAAACAAGCAUUUUCAAAGCCAUGAAAUAGUUUUAAAUCCGUCUUGUCAACUGUCAGUGACGUUGUUCAUUACUCGAUUAAAAAUAAUUUCGUUUUUGUAACUAUCUUAUAAAAUUGCUUUUCAAACUAUUGCCAGGUGCAAUAAAUUAUAAUAAAUGGUUCUGAUCACAAAAUUGCAAUUUUAUAAUAUGGUAACAAACGUACAUGUAGGUUAAAACUGCAAUAGCCACAAAUAAUUUUUAAUAAUCGUUAUUUUUAAAGAUUAGCGUAUAAUAAAUACUUGACACAGGAAAAAACGAUAUUUCGAAUGCUGGUUUGACAUUUCUUUCGGAUUAUCCUUUUUUCCCCCAACUAUUAAAGUUAAUGCAUGGCAACACAGUGCAUUUAAUGACAUACUGAUUCGGCGGGAAAUUUGUUGUGACAUUUGCUCUUUUUCACGUCCCUUUAGAUGUAUCAAGGUCUGUAUUCACAAGUCCCUAUAUAAAUAAAUACAAUAAAAAGUAAAUAAACUCUACUGUGACUCGCUGUGUGUGCCUUAGGCUUAAUUUAAUUUGAAUUCUGUUAAUUUUAUACUUUACUAUUAUAAUAAAUAUGUAGGCAAUCAACAACGAUGUGAUAAGCUUCCAUAAUGAUAUUAUUUUUGAACAAAUUUUAUCGAUUUAUGAAAAAAAAAUUACAUGUCACUUGUAAAUAUAACCUCUCUAGGGAUCGGGGUUGACAUUUAACGUUUUUUUUGUACCAAUUAAAGGUGUAAAAUAUUUUUUAAAUCAUAUUACCGAUAGUUACUAGUCUGUAUGGGUCCGUCCUUAGGCCUUAGGUGAACUAUUUUUUUAUAUCUCUUCACGCGGAAUGGUUUAUUGUACUUUAGAGUUUAGGUUGUGUAUGUCGCAUCACAUUAAAUGUAUUUUUAUUAUUAAAUUUAUGUCAACUAAUCGGUUCUGUUUACUUAAAUAAUUUUUUAUAGGUUUUUUUUUUACUUAUGUUGAAUAUAGCUCGUUAUUGUGAUACUGGGAAAUUUUUAUGGACGUAGUUUGCCUUCAAAUUGGCAUUUGAUUCAUUAUGUUUUUUUUUAUAUAUAAAUUGUUUCUUUAUGUAUUUAAUUGUGUAUACUUCGAACGGCAUUGGCGGGAAUGAAAUUGUCUAUGCGAUUAUCGAUUUCUUAAACGCAACUAAACGUUACUGACAUUGACAGUUGACACUGGCGGAAUGUCUUGUCAUUGCCAUAGUUGACAAAAAAAACAACUUUGACGUGACGUCAGCUUGACAGUGACAGUUGAAGUUAUCGUUUAAGAAUGGAAAAAUAAAUGACAAAUAUAAGACUGAAAAUAUCCGUCCGUAAAUCUAUUGUGUUUUUACUCUUUUUGAACUUGUGUUUUCGACAAGUUGAAGACUUGCCAGUGCCGUUAAAAUACCAACGAUUUUGCUCAAAUUUGGGACAUUAGUCGCUUCUCUUUGUAUAUUAUGAACGUUUAAAAUUGUGCGUAGUGUAAAUAAAUUAAUAAAGGUGUAAGAUUUAUUA